AUGACGCCCAGGAGAAACCACGCUUCGCCAGGGCUGCCGCUGCUGCUAGUUCUGCUGCGGGACAGAAGUACGGUGUGCAGGAAUGGGAAGGCCCUACACCGUCGUCUGUGUGUCCUACGCGUGCUUUCUGUUCGACAUGUCUCCGGAGCUUUACAUACGCUCCCAUCGUUUGCCUCGCGCCGGGUUCCUCCCACUUCCUCCAAUUCAGCGGGUACACUCCCUCCCAGCUUCACGAAGCCAUUCCGCAGCCAUCAUCGCCACCACCGCCACCAACCCCACCACGCACCGCCACUGCUCAUUGCUUCCCGCCCACGAGCAACUCUUGCCUCCGCAGCCGUUUCGGAAGCCGCGGCUCCGCAGACACUGCAAGCGGCCAACUCGCUCGCAACGCUGGGCGGCGUUGGCUCUCUGCUGUCCCCGCAGAACAAUGCUCUACAUGCCAACGCAUUUUCCUCGGGGAGGAGAAGCAACAUCCUGCCACGGAAACGACCCCGAACCUCUUCCCACCUCUACGGUCGAGACAACAACGAUUUCAUCAACGAGGUCCCUGACGUGCUGCUAGGGUCGCCGGCUCCAGCGGGUGUGUCUCCCAUUCGUGCCCGCAAUCGGAACGGGAAUACGAGUGGUGAUGGAGGUAGCCUCUGGGGACUAAGCGGCGUUCCGCCAACUGGGGUGAUAGAUCCAAGGACGAGCGCGGAGCCUCUCGAGAAAGGGUGGGCGUGUCCGACUUCCUCGGUGGCGACAUCCACCUCUAGUCUUUACGACGGCUUCUCGGAUGGUCUCACGCGUCCUCGAUCGGGAGUUCGCAAUUACCCUAUGGAGAGCCUGGGCAACUGGCCCCUGAACACCACCGAGCGGUGGAUGAAGGCGAUCGUUACCCAGGACACCUCGCAAGAGCGUUUAGACAAGCUGCGGAAGAUUCGGUUGAAGCGCAUUGCAGAAUGCGAACGAAAGAGGGCUGCGUGGACGCCAGGUGCUGAUUCCUCGAGCGAUAGCGGUGAUUCGUACGUGAGCGAGGAGGAGCUGGAGGUGGGCGCGGGGGACGGAGAAGGCCGCGAGGAAACCGAGCAAGAGAAAGAGAAACGGAGGGGGAGGUGGCAGACGGCGGGCAGGCAUGGUGGCCUCGUCGCCCGCGCGAAGGCCGCCGUGCCCUCUCUCGCCACCCGCGGGGACUUGGUUCAGCUCAAGGGUCACGCCGACCGCGUGCUGAUCGGCAAGAUCGCUCGCUGCUGGGCAACGGUGGCAGAAUUUUUCGGGGUGAAACCCGCCCAUGACGCAAACGAGGCCAAGCGCAGGAGCGGACCGAUCGCAGAAGUGGUAAAGGCCUACGCUGCCGGGCUGGGCUAUCGGCCGUCCACUAAGACAAAACACAAACGCAUCGUCGACGGGGCAGGAGGUAGUGGCGACGGUGGCGGCAGGGGCGAUGGUACUGAUGACGGAGACACAGCAAGCGUGGAAGCAGUCGCAACUUCCCUCGCGGCAGCGUCGUCACUGUCGUCAGGAGAGCACCAUGCAACCGACUGGUGGACGGACGGAGGGGUCAGCAACCGCUGGGCGAUGGGCCCCGCCGUGCGGAAGACGUUGUUCCUCUCGCUGCAAGCAGGGGCGGUGGCGCACUUGCCGCUCAAGCAAAGGCGCGCUGCUGAAUUGCCGUGGGUGCAGUGUGAGGGGGCCACGCACAUACUUCUCCGCCGGCCGAAGGACGCCCUCGUCGCCUGCGCAAAGUACGGCCGGGACUUCCAAAACCUCACGGCGGCGCAGGUCGUCCUCGCCCUCCGAGCCUACGCCGCGCAGCGCAUCCAGGCCCAAUGGCGCGGCUGGGGUCCCCGCCGCCGCUUCGCGCCCAAGAUCCUGGCCCUUAGGAGGCUCGUCGAGCGGGAGCGGGCCAUCCGGGUCGCCCGACGGCGGGAGGCGUUCUGCGGAUGGAAGGCGGCGCACCGGUCGAGGAUGGAGCUGAUGCGGGGCACGAGGAGAGCGUUUCUCCGGUGGAGGAUCGAGUCCGAGCGGAUGGCGAAGACGUCGGCGCUGUUCCGCGGAACGUUCUGGCCGCUCUACGUCUGGAGGCGCUGGGCCAACUACCGCAUCAGCUCCAGGGACAAGGUGUGGAGAUAUUUUCUGUCUAAAUCCCGUGUGACAACGGUCAUGUUUGGAGGCGGGCAGGCAAAGUUUCUUCGGGAAGUCUAUCUGACCGUCAUCCUCGUUCGGCACUUUCGAGCGUGGAACGUGGUCACCGGGACGGGGCAAAGGCUCGUCGGCCGGGCUGACCGGGCCUCCAACACCCGCUUGAAGACCAAGGCGGACCGGUUGUUCAGGUACUGGGCAUUUGCGCGCGCCACCUGCGCUCGACGCAGCGACGCCCAUUUCCGGUCCUACUACCUCCUCGGAGAGAUGGACAGGAGGCACACUUUAACCGACAAAAGAGGGGGCCGUCAUUUGCACGGUCGAGGAGACAACAAAGGGAACAACAAGCGCGUGCGGCAGAGACCCGGCGGCCACCACUCGAGGUACACCACCCACGGGGGCAGUGGCAGCCGGAGCGGACUCUCGGCAGGGGGGGACGACGCCUUUGACAACCGCAACCACAGUGCUGCCGACGAAGACGACGACAACGCGAGCCGCACCUCACGUGGCGGUACGCCAGAAGAAAGCGCAACAGAACCCUCUAAUUCUCCGAGAAACGAGAGCGGGGUCGGAGUGGAAGGAGACCGGACCACCAAGCCACCGAACAGCCGGGGCGGCGGGGGCAGGAGCGGCCGCAGGAGUCACCACAACGUGGGCGGGGGAGACCGCGGCGGGUCCGCCUCUGCCGCCGCUGCCAACCCGCCCAUCGCCGUGCUGGGGAGGCCUAACUACGUCGUUUUUCCGGGCCUGAGGGACACCAAUUUCGGCGAGGAUGUCCCGGAUGGGGGAGCGACCUUCGCGUGUGAGGUCUUGCGGGACCACUUCGAGAAGAAGGAAGUGCUGAAGGCCAGGGUGAACUUCUUGCUCUACCGGGUACUGGCGCGCCUGAGAAUCAAGGCAAACGAGAGGCAGCGCUCUCGCUAUGCCGCGUACAUAGACGCGCGUCGCGUGCAGAAGAAGUACCUGAAGGCCUGGCACUUUGUGAUCGUACAGACCGCUGCCGUGAGGAGGGGGGUCACUGGGGAGGUUAUGGUUAUGACGCUGAACCAGGUCCGUGCCUCAAUGCAAAAAGGCAGCCCGGAAGAAGGAGACCUGACGGGGAUGGAAGGCCAUCCGCUUGCAGCUGGAGCAACAGCAAACUUUGCCGGCGGCGCAGGCGCGACAUUGGGUGAAUGUACCGAACUCGGUAGUGGUGAUCUGCUAUGCGGUGUGAAUCAGCUCGACGAGGACAGAAAAAUUCGCCGGCGGCAAGUGGAGCGGACAUCCAUCCGCUCGAGCAGGGUAUGUACUUGGGAUAGAACGCCCUGCCUAGAGCAGCUCGUGCUGGUUGACAGAACGGUGUCGCUGAAGGAGCAGUCCGUGCAGGACGCGGAAAACACCGCCGCGUGGGUCAGCGCGCGCAAGGUCCGCGAGCGCGCCUUGGCAAAGUUCUUGAUACGGGAGGGCGCCAGGGCGAGGUCGGCAGACGAAAAGGCCCAAGUGUUCGUCGCGGGAUUCAAGGCAAGAGCAACGGCAACCUGCCCCCCCUCCGUCCUCGCGCGAUUUCUAUUUCGUUCCAACCAAAGCUCCCUGGACCUUGAUCGGGGGGGAGCAAUGGCUCCCCGCGAGGAGCAAUACGCCGCUGAGAACCUAGUCAACGUGGUGGCACGCAUCUUUUACACGGUGGUAGAUGGCAGGAGGUCAGUAACACUCCGCAAGACCUUACGGCAAUGGCGCAGCUGGUACAACAUUCGACUGUCUGUGCAGCUCUACAACCGGCAGCGACUUCGCAACUGGCUGCGAAUUUGCGGGCGGCUAAGGUACCUGUGGAGGGGGAUGCCGCUCUUCCGCGUGCUGCGAGUCAAGUGGUCCGUGUUCCACCGCCUGCUCGAGCUGACGAACCACCGCAUGCUCUACGGCACGCCCGACUUACCGGCGACCCUUCGUCGGCGUCGCGAGCUCCUUCUCGACUACUCACGCCUCUUGCAGGAGCGAGGUUUUGUCCCCGGCCGCUACGCUCCAGAGGUACUCCUCCCGGCGACGCUUGAUCCGUCGGCACUGUUUCAAAGGUGGAAGCAGUACACGCAAGCGAGAGCAGCCGCGCGCUUUCUGCGAUGCUCUCUGCGCCGUCGCCACCUCCACCGCGUCGCCCGCGUGACGUUUGACGGGUGGCGGACAGGGCUGGGCCCGAGACAUGCGCAGAGGGCGGCGGAAAUGAGGACCGCGCCUACGGAGGCAGAGGCGGGGGCCACCGUCGCCCAGUCAGCUGCUGCAGCGAUAGGAGUGCCGGGUUGCUCCUUAAAGCGAGCACUGACAGAGGAUGCUGGUCAAAUCAUCGAGGAGGAAGAGGAGGAGGAGGAUGGCGGUAUUGCUGCCGGGGGGGCGCAGACUGGGGAUUCGAGGAGGUCGCGACGUGGUGAGGAUGGUAAUCUGAGACAGCAGAAGGUGUCGUGGGUCGAAGCCCGCUUGGAAGCCGAUCUGAGGGUCGCCAGGAGGACCGUGAUAGUCGGUUGGAGAAGCUCCCUGACACGAACCAUCGGGUUGAGGCAUGCGAAGCGCGAGCAUCAGCUGAAGGAGGGAGCUCGGCGGAUCCCUACGUUUAAGAAGUUCCUGGCUUUCCACACGUGGCAAGCUACCGAGCGCGUGCGAACCGAGGCCCGGCUCCUCGUCGACGCCUUCCUCAACCGCGGGCACCUCAAGUUCCAAGACCAAGAGCUGCCCGACAUGGUGGGCCGCACCAACGAGAAGGGCAGCGGCUCCGGCCUGAUCUUCUUCCGCGACAAGCCCGUGCCGGGCUCCAACCUCGUCUGCGAAGUGCGCGUCAUGACGCGGGUCGGGGAGGGCGUCGUCGGCAUCCAGCUCGUGAUGGCGGCGGGGAAGCGGACUACCGAGCUCCCCGUGCACGGCGCGGCGGUCGGCGAGAACCGUUCCACCCGCGCGCACCGCUUCGCCGUCGACGCACCAGUGGAGCGGUUGUCCCGCUUCGAGUGCGAGCACAACGACGGCCUGAUCGAGCGCAUACGCGUGGUCACCUCCGGCGGGCGGUGGAGCCCCUGGUUCGGGGAGAGGCUCACGGCGAUCCCGUACACGGCUGUGCUGCCGGACUGGCAAGUCCACUCGCUAGCGGCGACGACGGCACAAGCGGCUACGGCGGCCACCAAAGCUGCUACCGUGGCGUCGGUCGCGAGCCUCGAUGAGGUGUCUUCCACGGAGAAGGCGGCGACGGCCCUCGCUGCGGCGGAGGCCCAGACGGCGGCAGCGAACGCGCCCGAGUGGGACGUCCAAAAGGAGUACAUCACGGGACUGGUGGGUGUCAGGACGCAGGAGAGGUUGGUGGGACUCGGGGUGGUCACCCGCCACGUCACGAACUCUCACGUGUUCAGCUACCUGUGGGAGGCGCCAGACGAAGACGAGGGUGCGAUGCACGACAAGAACUCGCAAAGCAGCCUCGAUGGGCGCCUUUCAACCAGCGACAAGACCGGGAGUGACACGUCUCUCGCAUCCAAUUCACUCACCAGCAUCGACGGCAGUACCACGGGGGAGCGGAGAUCGUCGAGUAUGAACCCCCCUCAGGCAAGACCUCCCCCGCCGACAGUAGUUGGAGGAGCAGCCCCAGCAAGCGAGAUCUCGAAUGGUACCGAGGCCGGCGAAGGCGGGGACGCAACCGGGAACAGGUCUCACAUCUCCCCGGCGUUGAGUAGUGGGUCAACCCUCUCAAGAGUAGAGGCCAAGCAGCUAAAGUUCGCGCAAGAAAUGCGAGAUCGAGAGAAGCUGAGAGAAGAGCGCGCGCGCCUAGCCAAAGAGAGAGAGGAAGAAAUGGAACGCCUCAUGAGAGGCGGGAAACCCAACGAGGACGAAGACGAAGAGGAUGGAGACGAAGACCCGUCCUCCUUUUCCUCGCCGGGCAUGAGUGCGACGGGGAAAAAAAGGAGAAAGCGCGGCCGUACUCCGCCUGCGGCUCACGAAGAGUUCUCCUGCAUACUACGAAUGCGACGGACAGACGCGCGGUUUGCACUUGAGCGUUCGGUCGCACUGGCCAGAAGGGCCCGGACAUACACCGGUACCUCUGCGAAUAACUUCGACGAGGCGAGCGGCGCGCUUAGCACCCUGACGGUAACCGUAGGGUUGACGAACUGGCUGCACUCGGCACUUCUUCCACAGCUAGUGCCGCUGCCCGUCCUGGCGACGACCACCACGGACAUGUUCGAUAGGGGAGAGAAGAUGCUGAUGACGGCGAGGGUAACCAAGGCCCGCGGGAACCGAAUGAAGAACGCGGCCGAGAGCAUGAAAAUUGAAAAACAGAAGAGAGGCCGCAGGGGGGUCAUGUCUCCGAGACAGAGAGCGCAAGAGAUCCGAGACCGCGAGCGGGUGGAAGCAGAUCGACUCCUCGACGAUGCGAGAGAUCGGCUGCCGAAGGUGUCGCAGAGCGUCAAGACUUUGCGAAUGUACCUCGAAUACCUCAACCUCGCCAGAAGGCAAAUUGAACUGGAGCGAGAGUUUGGGUUGGGUGCUCUGCGAACUAAGAAACCGGCGGAGAGCGCGGUUCGAGGGCAGCUCAACGAAUCAACGAGCUGCGGGAUUGAAGUGCGUAGUGAGGAGGAUGUGCUUGUGUACCCUCUAGCUUUUUUGGGUCACCGUCCGGAGUCGCUAUUCGACGCCACCAUCAAGUCUCUCCAACAUGAGCGCCAGGACGAUGAUGCCGAGGGAGGAGCAACGACAAGAGCAGGGGACGGCGUGGGAGGCGUGGCCGGGGCUGGUCCGAGCGCUCAACCGUCGGCCCUCACGGAGGAAGGGGCCAGUGUGGGACCCGAGCUUUCCGGGCUAGGCACCAUUGUGUCGAGUGUAAACCCGUGGUCCUAA